AUGGACAUUUGGUUACAAUGUUGGAUGCGUCAAAUGAUGAAUCAUCAAAGAAUCGUAACUGUUGAUGAAAGUGAAUUAGCCUCUGAAUUGUGUUUAGCGGCAACAAUAACCUAUCCAGUCCCGUGUUUGUGUGAAAUGAUUAAACAGUUAGUGGAAUGUAUUUUGUUUGAACGCGCAACAACAUCUACCUCUUCAACAACAAUAGCAUUACAACCAAAUAUCCAUUCCGCCUUUGUCCCAAACAUUGUUUCCGCUGUUUCUUCAACUAUUAAUUCAAACGAACAUUCUUUGGAAGAACAAAAACAUUUAACAACAAACCAACAAAAACAACAAACAAACAUUCCAACACAACAAAAACAUUCUUUAUCUGGGCUAGAACAACAACAAAAACAUUCAUUGCAACAGCAACCUGCAGUUAAAAGACACCCAGUUGUCGGUCAAUUAUCUACAAAGGCUACAGUUAUUGCCAAAAUGCUUGUGCGAGCAAUGCAAUUAUUAUUAUGGGCUGGAGAUAGAAGAGUAAAAUUGAUAAAAAAAAUUUUUUCUCUUAAAAAUUGUUUUAAAAUUGAAAAGGUUUUGGAAAAAAGGGAAAGGGAAAAACGUAUUCAACAAUUUGGGCUUAUUACACAACAACAGCCUUCAGAACAAUCUUCAUCUUCUAGAAAACGAUCCCAAAUGGAAAUAAAUGAAAAUAUUUGUGAAGAAGGACAACAACAAAUGGACCAGACACCUUGUAGUUCCUCUUCAGCUGAGCAACAAGUACAAAAUGAAGCUUUAGGAAUUCAGAAGAAAAAAAGUGUUGAUGUAUCUUCUUCUGUUGUUGAAACUUGUACUUCUUCAAUGAAUGAAACAACAACAUCGUCACGUUUGCCUAAAGAUGCUUUGAAGGCACAAUUAACUGUUAGCAAUGUUUUUGAGCGUUUUGAACGAAUUGUCCGUGAUUGUAACCUUCGCCCACCAGUUACUUUUAUUAUUUUCUUCAUUCACGAAUUAGCAGCGGCACCUCAAACAGAAUAUUGGCGAAGACUUGUUUCUAUAAUGCCUGUCAAUUUAAUUUUUGGAUUGUCUCAUCUAGAUCCUCAUGCAAUUCCUCUCGAUCUUUUUAUGCGUUUGUAUGAUCCAAAGGAUGAAAAAAACCGAAAACUUUGUUUACAUUAUGCUUUUAUGAUUAAAAAACUUGGAAAUAUUUAA